UGGAGCUUGGGGGCGGGGCCUGGGGCGCGGCGCAGCUCCGGGAGCGGGGUCGCAGCGCGGCCGCCCCCACCCGGCCCGGCCCGGCCCGGCCCCGCCGCCGCCGCCAUGGGGCUGACGGUGUCCGCCAUCUUCUCCCGCAUCUUCGGCAAGAAGCAGAUGCGCAUCCUCAUGGUGGGGCUGGACGCUGCUGGUAAGACCACCAUCCUCUACAAGCUGAAACUGGGCGAGAUCGUCACCACCAUCCCCACCAUCGGGUUCAACGUGGAGACGGUGGAGUACAAGAACAUCUGCUUCACGGUUUGGGACGUGGGUGGGCAGGACAAGAUCCGGCCCCUGUGGCGGCACUACUUCCAGAACACGCAGGGCCUCAUCUUCGUGGUGGACAGCAACGACCGGGAGAGGGUGCAGGAGUCUGCGGAUGAGCUGCAGAAGAUGCUGCAGGAGGACGAGCUGCGGGACGCCGUGCUGCUGGUGUUUGCCAACAAGCAGGACAUGCCCAACGCCAUGGCCGUCAGCGAGCUGACCGACAAGCUGGGCCUGCAGGCGCUGCGCAGCAGGACCUGGUACGUGCAGGCGACGUGUGCCACCCAGGGCACGGGGCUCUACGACGGGCUGGACUGGCUCUCGCACGAGCUCUCCAAGCGCUAGGCGCAGCGUGGGGCGCAGACGGGCCGGGGACAUCUCCCAGCUGCUGUUCUCUUUGGGUUCCUUUACUUAUUUUUCUUUUUGGGGGGGUGUUUUUCCUUUGCCCCCAAGCGUGGCCUCGUCUCUGUGUGUUUAUCUGGUAGGACUUGAGCCUCAAGGACUCUUCAGGCAGCUCUGCCUCUGUGCCGCGAGCGGCCCCCCGGGAGCCUGCGGGGCCGGGCGAGGGGCUCGGGCUGCAUGGAUGCUGCAGGAAAGGAAGGAUCCUGCUUUUUGUCCUUCCACAAACCGCGUAGUUCUCUCGGGGAGGGGGCGUACGGCUGCGUAACGUGCUGUUGUACGUGGAGGAAUUAAACACCGCCACUUCGUACCCUGC